AUGGUUUACGGCGAGGUCGCCGGUGGAGAUUUCGGCCAUGGUCAUAACAGUAAGGUGAGGAGAAGAGACGAGGAAAAGAGGAGAGAGCGAGGUCGCCGAAAUUAUGAACUGAAAAGAAAUAAUCAAUCUUUUGCAACAGAAUCAGAAUCCUUUACUACUGGUGUAGGAGUAGUAGGAAGCAAAUCAAAGCCAUGCAUGAAGUUUUUCAGCACUUCCGGAUGCUCAUUUGGGGAGGCAUGUCAUUAUGUUCCUGGCUACACUGCUAUGAGUCAGCUAUCAAACAUGGGUUCGAAUCCAGCAGCUCCAGUUGGAAGGAAUGGUGCCUCUUUUAGUGAUGGUCCUGCUCCAGCUGUGAAGUCUAAGUCUAACUCCGGAUACCUUGAACCAUCCCGACCACUACCAUUGGUAUAUAUAGAUGCCUCUCUUGCUGGAGCGAUCAUAGGGAAGAAUGGUGUGAACUCAAAACAAAUAUGUCAGCUUACUGGUGUCAAGCUCUCUAUAAAGGAGCACGAAAGAGAUACUAAUAAAAGGAAUGUUGAGCUCCAAGGAACCUUUGAUCAGAUCAAUCAGGCCAGUGCCAUGGUAAGGGAGCGUGGGCCAAAGAACGCCGCUCCAUUUACUCGGGGUUCCAGUGGCCCAUUUAAGACAAAGAUGUGUGCACAUUUUGCAAAAGGCUUAUGCACGUUUGGAGAGAAAUGCCAUUUUGCCAUUGGCUUGAUUUUCAUACUCUCUGUAUCAGCAAAAAUAUUGUUUGCCAAUAGGAGAUAG